AUAAUUAGUCAAGUAGAAUCAGUUGUUGAGUAUGGUCGAACUCUGAUUUAGUUCCGUGGACUCGGCUAUCCGUGUGUGUCUUCGGUUUAUUAGUAUUAUUAUUAUUAUUAUUGCUAUUAUUUUUUGUUGUCUUUGAGGGAAAAGGCAGUCAGUCAGCAACGCAAAAUACGAAGCACACCACACAGGUGAAGACGGGAGCAGAAGCGACUCAACACUCAACGUCUCUCCAUCAUCAUCAUCGUCAUCACUUGUUUCUUUUUCGGUUGAGUUCGUUCUUCUCGCUGCUCCAUUGGGUUUUGAUGGUUCUGUUUUGCGCUCGACGUCCACCUACUUCAGAUCGUGAAAAGUGUCAGUGCUCUGACGUGUGCAAUUGAAUCGUGUCACGCAAAGGUUUUUGGGCAGUUGCAAAUUGCUACUUUCCUUCGGUGGAUGUGCGGUGCAGUGCGCCCGGAUUGUGCAAACCGUAAGCAAAGAUGCAUAAAGUGUUUAAAUGGUGAAUGCAGAAACCAUUAGGUGAAGUGUGGUGAAAAUAGAGAAAUAGGCAUGUAGAUACAGGAAAGCAGGCAGAAGCAAAUGCAAAAAUAAAGAGUUAUUUGAUCGUGUUUCCUUCAAAAAAAAAGUGAGAAGGAGAAGAAAUCAAUUUGCCAUAAUUGUGAGUUAAACCCAAUCAAGUGAGUGAUAGAGGAAGAGUUGAACAACUCUGCUCACUUAGUAUUUUUUUUCUGCAAACGUAGUGAAACUCUAGUGCAAGCAACGGGUGCAGGAAGCAGAACAAGUGCAAAUUUAUUGCAAAUAGUCAUUUUAUUUAAAAAUAAUAAAUAAUUGAUCGAGUCGUGCGCGCGUGAAACUUUGUGCGCUUUCGGAAACUAAGUGCCUUCGAAAUAGGAUAAAUUUGAAAGAAAUUGCAAGUUGAGCUGUGUGGUCCAAGUCGCCGUCUAGCAAGAACAGCAAAGUGGCAUACAAGUGAUUAAAAAGAAAAAGAAUAUUUACACAUACGCGAGACGUCUUAGUCGCCAGCCAGCGUUGACGAAAAACAGGAAAAUAAAACAAGACGAAAUAAGAAAUAAAGGAAGCAAUAUUAAGAAAAGCUAAUUUUAUCGCUUAAGUAAAGUUGAAAAGACGGAGAAGCAAAGUCGCAGCCGAGUAUCUCCACCACGAACAUUCAGGCGAGAAUAUCGAGACGCAGAAAACAACAAGGCAACAAGUAAAACGCGCAUACACACAUUCUCUCGCGCUCGCGUGCGCUGCUCUCUGAACACGUAUAGAAAACUGCACGGCAUCGCGGAUACAAGAUGGCGUUCAACAGCAAUAAUAACAACACUAGCAACACAAACGCCUCGGAGAAUGAUGGGGCGGGCAAAAAGAAAAAUCUGAUAAUUCUGGUGGAUAAAGAUUCGAACGAUAAGUUGAACGAGCUGUUCGAUAAAACACUCAGCAAUAAAUUACCGCUGCAAAUUCCCUACCGUAUGCGAAAGUUGCCCGACUCGUUCUUCAAGCCACCGUCCUCCGGGUCCAAGUCACCGUCGGUUUCGCAUUCACGCGAAAAUUCGGCCGACUCCGCAUUUGGCUCCGGAACUACAAUACUGGGUGGGGUCACUACCGGCCCGAACGGGCUUCAGAUCCAUCACAGUCGUGCCCAUAGCAGUCCUGCCUCGCUGGGUAAGAUCCCGGCCGGUUUGGUUGCUAGUCUGACCGGAUCAGGUGGAGUCCAGCAGUCCGCUAACAAUAGCAGUGUAAAUAGCAGUAAGACACAGCAAACCAACAACGGUGGUGGUGGCGGUAGCGGUGGCAACGAUGGCAAUAGUCUUGGUGCGUCGGCACUCGGUCAGCAGCAGGGCCUCUCGAAGCAGGCACUGCAGCAUCUGCACAGCCGGGGACGCUCGUAUGAUGUGUCUAAUCAGCAUGCAUUUGGCGAUUUGCCGCCCGGCUGGGAGCAGGCCCGCACACAGGAUGGGCGGAUUUACUACAUAAAUCACAACACCCGCACGACCACGUGGGAGGAUCCACGUAUCACAGCCGCCCUGCAAGAGAGUCAAUUCCAGCAGCAGUCCAGCGUGGAAACACUGUUCAACACGGGGUCCCAGACACUGAUCAGCCCUACCAUCUCGUCACCCACGCCACCCAAUGUGGUAUUUUCAGAUUCGAUCGAAAUGUCGAACGACGCGGCAGCCCCGCCGGCACCGGCACCCAGCGUAGCGAUGCUGACCAGCAGCAACGUCAACCUCGGUCCCUUGCCCGACGGCUGGGAGGAAGGCAUCACGAGCAAAGGCGAACGGUACUACAUCAACCACGCGACACGGACGACCACCUGGAGGGAUCCCCGUUUGUCAAACCAAGAUUGGGCAGUACAAGAGCAAACGGUUCGAUUGUACAACCUGCAGCUGGAACGCGAACGCCUCAGGAAACGACAGCAAGAAAUCAAGUCACAUAUGGGUGAAGACCCGUUCCUAUCCGGACUGACGGAUCACUCGCGCCAGGAGUCUGCCGACAGUGGUCUGAGCGAAUCUUCGAUAUCGCAAUCGAUGCCACACACGCCCGACUUCCUCUCCAGCAUAGACGACAGCAUGGAUGGACUUAGCAUGACCGACAACACGAUGGACACAAUCGCAUUUGGGGACAAUUUGGAAACGCCCGAUGAGUUUAUGUUGGACGACCCGCUGCUCCUGGAGAAAAUCGACGCCGUUAGCAAUCUGAACCUGAUAGACCCCUCGAGUACCAAGCCAGACAAUACGUUAUACGAUAUUAUCUAACGUUUUCAGCGUACGUGCAGCACAGCAUUAACAUGGAAGACAAGAGGAAAUAUUACAUUUAAACCGUUAAGAAUAAUAUAUCUACUUACAUACGCAAUACACACCCACAGCCACGAAAAAACCAACAGAAACACGCGAACAGCUAGCUGACAGGUUCGUCGUUGUUCGGGAUCCACACAUACACAUACAUUUUACGGAUCCCAACACACGACGGAACUAGCGACUGGAACAGAUUUUUUUAAUACCCUGAGUAAGGGACAGCUAGGGAAGAAACGUGCGCGUGAAAGUUAAAUAUUAGAUAAACAAUUUAGCUGUAAGCAUUAGGAUAUAACUAAACUAUCGAAAUCGACUCCGCUCUAUGCGGGAGACAGUCGAUUUCCGUUCAAAGCCGCCAACUGGAAAAAGUUCUGCGGAGUUCUGCAAUAUCUGCGGACAUAAAUUGCAAGCAAUGUUUAAGUGCCUUACAAGAAUUGACUUCUUUUCGAUGCAAACAAGUUGUGAUUUCAUGAUUAUAUUUCCCUACAUAUCAGGAGGUAAAAUUUUAGUAACUAUAGUCUGUGAAAACUCGAGCUGAAAGCGAGUUUAAAAAGAAACGCUUUGGUGAGUACACCGAUGCAAUGCAAGGCGCCAUGUUUCGGCGAUAAGUUUGGCCUUUCUAUUAAGUUUCGUUUGGAAGUAUUUUUGAAGAUUUUAAUAUCGUUAGAAAAUUAGUUUGACGGAAAUUGAGGAAAAGUUUUUAUAAUGCAAUUGUAGAAUAAUCAAAGAAAAUCUACUUACAACGAGCGUGCCUUGAAUGAACUGAUGUUAGAAACAAAGAAUUUCAUCAAUAAAACAACUGAAGGUAGUAUCAAACAGACUAUGAAAGAUUAUCAGCAGAAUACAUACUACUAUCAUAGAAAUGUGUUACUUUUUGAGCAUAGCAUAAUUUUCAUCCCUCUCGCGUAUUUUCAAUUAUUUUACCUACUUAUCAUCAAUCUUACUUGUAUUAAUUAAUGAUAGCGAAAAGUUUAACGGUAAGCAAGUAGAUAUGCGACACCAUUUUGUCAUACUAUAAACUAGAUAGUAAGCACGUAGUUUCUCAACGGCCAAAACUGAAGCACACAGACCGGAUUCGAAAGCAAAUAAGUUCGAUUCAGUUGGUGUUAAUCAAAGAGUACGCUGUACACUGGGACAUGAAAAUAAAAAAAUAACAAAAUGACCAGUCCAGCCACGUCUAGGGAAUUGCGUUGAAUAUAUUUUGUUAUAUCUAUUCAUUGAUAAAGCAAGUAAAUAAUUGAAUAUGGAUUAUAUUAAGUAUUUUUUGAGAACAUUUCACAGCAAAUCUUCAUAGCGUAAACAUAGGCAAAGUCAUGGAUAAUUUGUCGUAUUUAGAAAACUUCUUGAUAUUUCAUUAAAUAUUUAAAUAGCCAAGGCUAUCCUUAACUAUUUCUGAACAUGUAAUAGUAUUCAUCCUAUCCCAAUCAAUCUUAAACUACUUGCAAAAUUAUUACACUUUUUUUUUUUAUUGAAAUCUAGUUAUAAUAAUCUAUAUUUAAAACUCCUAGCGAACUGCAGCACAAUAACAGAAGAUCGGCUAAUUCUAACACAUUGAAUCGAAAUAUAUUUGCUUGAAUUCCUAAACCGAACUAAAAUAAAAAUGAAACAAAACAAUUCUUGACAAGCAUAUGAUUAGGGUGUGUACAGCAACUGUAAAAAUUCACUUUGAGCAGAAAUUCCGGGCAAAUCGACCAAUAUCCUUUUGUCCGGCAUUCCCCUUCAAGUUUGACAGUUGGCUUAUACAUCCUCAUCAUAUGUUCAUCGGUAAUUGACAUUUUACGACGAAACACAAUAAGUCAUUCUGAGUUAUAAUGAAAACUGCAGCAAGAAAGCUGGAUUGCAAACAUAAACGACAGUAUUUCACGACUUAAAACAAACACCCUCUAGCUUAUCGAAAGCGAACUAACCGUUGAACUGUCAUUGUUUCAGAGCGCUGCUGUUGCGCCGUCCAAAAUAAUGCAUUUUACAUGUGUACAAUUUCCCUCCUAUCUUGUGAAAGAUUCAUAACAUGGUUAUAAUCUCAAGAAACAAAAAAGAAAGCAAGCAAACUGAUCGGUGACAUUAAUACAAGGCGAAUACAAGCUACUUAACAGCAAUGAGUAAUACUACGAAAGGGGCGAAGAAAAUAUGCUAUGAUCAGGAAGGUGUAACCCAACUUCAGGCACCAUCGCUAAAAUUACAAGCCGUCCAUUUAGAUAAAAGCAAUCAAUAUGAAGGAAAAAUAUCUGCCAUCGUUUUCAGCAACUGAAUGGAAAACAAAUUUAAUUAAAAUAUAGCAAGACGUGAUUAGCAGAUACUCUUAGUCUAAAUGACAACCCAACACAACCGAUGUAGAUCAAAGUUAAUCGAAACAGUACCCACAGACUGUAAACAGACCUAACACUAUCCAUUAUCGCUAUCGCUCACGUUGACAUCUACCGGAAUGUUCAGAAAUAAACUGUUCGUUGAACUAGCAAUUCCUAUCAACAUUUCAAGUAUCGCCCUUUUAAAUGGGAGGCUGAAACUACUAUUCUUACAACCAUUGAGAAGAAAAAAAUGCGUUAAAUUCUUGGUCUAAGAUCAGAUCUAAGAUAAGAUCCAAAACCGAUCUUCAGCGUGUUGUGUUUGUUAGGUCUGUACAGGUAUCACCAUCAAGCAAUAUUUAUGAGAAAAUAUGAUCAGCGUUGAUGCUUGGAUAUAUAUUUACGUUUUCCAUAGAAGAACUUUGAAUACAUCUCUCAUACUCGAAGUCACCUAUUUCUCUACCACGCGCGUAGAUAACUAGUGUCGACAACGGUGAGGUGAGGCGAUGAAGUUUUUAUUCAUCGCCUGUCAAAACAAACAAACAAA